UUGCCCGAAGAGGAAUGAUCACAGUUACUGAAGCCACAUCGCUGGCUGGCUCCCAGGCACAUUUCAAGGCUCUAAAACCAUGGUGGGAUGUCAUUAUGGAUUACUUCCUCAUCUUAAUGGUCAUGAUCUCGUUCUUCUCUGCCACACUUGUUAUACUCAUGGACAAAGUGGUUUGCAUGCCAGUUUCCAUGAAACCUAACAAAAGCACAUCAAAUGUCUUUGUAACAGCUAGUGAAACGUCUUUAUCACCUUCCCGAGACAUUGGUCACUUGACAAAUCUAGACUUUCAGCAAUACAUUUAUGUUAGUGCUGUAUGUUACCAUAAAGUAGUACCUUGGCAGUCAAAAUAUUUCCCUUACAUGGCCCUUAUCAACACAUUACUCCUCCUAGUUAGUAGUAAUUUCUGGUUCAAGUAUCCUAAGACAUCUUCAAAGGUAGAACAUUUUCUCUCCAUCUUGGCUAAGUGCUUUGAUUCACCCUGGACUACCAAAGCCCUUGAAGAGACCACUGAUCAGCCAUCUCCUGAACAUAUCCGCCUCAAAUCUAGUUCCACUCGUUCGAUGGAAUACUCCCCUCGAACCCCACUUCUGAAGGAAGCCCCAUUUUCUCCCAUACAGGUCCCAGUAUCUACAAUUCUGGACAGGAAGGAAGAGGAGCAAGCUAAAGCCUUAUUUGAAAAGAUACGUCAUUUCCGCUCCCAUGCUGAGGACUCUGAUAUAGUAUAUAGAGUAUAUCUGGGACAGACAAUCUUUAAAGUGGUUAAGGUUACAAUAGUGCUCAUAUAUGCCUUCAGUCUAGUAGGAUCAUUUCAUUUCCAACACAUCUGUAAACCUGGGAUACAGAAACUUAUGGGAUACACUGCCUUCCACUGCACUCACAAUUUGGCUUAUAUUCUGAAAAAACUGUUGCUCACUUAUAUUAUUUUUGUUUGUCUAUAUUCCCUCCUAGCAGUGUAUUCUUUGUUUUGGCUCCUUAGCCGUCAGCUCAAGAUUUACUCGUUUGAGGAAAAGCAUGAUAGAAAUUUCUUAGGAGAUAUUCCAGAUGUCAAAAAGGAUUUUGCAUUUCUCUUGCACAUGUUAGACUGCUAUGACUCUUUGUAUUCUAGAAGGUUCUCAGUAUUCUUGUCAGCUGUGAGUGAGGAGAGGUUGAGGGAAAUGGCUCUCAAUUCUGAAUGGUCAGUCGAGAAGCUGAGACAGCAGAUGAACAAGAAUGCCAAGGGACGAUGGGAGCUUCAGCUUUCAAUGCUUCCUGCCAUCCCAAAAGCAACUUAUGACUUGAUGGAAGUUGAAGUCCUCAAGCUGGACCUGAUAUCAUCUGCAAAACUAUCUGGAAUGGUAUCUAAACUCAGGUCUUUGUCUGAAAUUCACCUCUGUCACUGCUCAGCUAAAGUUGAUCCUGAUGCACACAGUUUCCUUCAGGAUCACCUGAAAAUUCUUCAUAUCAGGUUCACUGACCUAGAGGAGCUUCCUCGUUGGAUCUACUGUAUGAAGAGCCUUGAACAGCUACAUCUCUCUGGCAACCUCAAUUCCACCAACAACAAAACUAUCCGUUUACAUUCUUUUCAGGGCAUGACUGAACUUCACGCUCUUUUUCUGACAAGCAAUCUCUCCCACAUUCCAUCUGCUAUCAUAGAUGUAGGAGGGCAACUGUCUAAACUUAGUCUACAAAAUGGGGACACUGAGCUAGGGUCCCUGAGCCAAUUAAAAAAGAUGAGAAACCUUCUGGACCUACAGCUCCAGCACUGCAAGAUCACAAAAAUCCCUGAAAUAGUAUCCAGUCUAACUAAGCUAAGAAGCCUCAAUUUGGCAUUUAAUGAAUUAACAUCAGUGAAUCAACUGGGUUCCUUACAACGGCUUAAAAGCCUAUGCAUCUUGAGAUUGAGCAAUAAUUAUAUCACCCACCUCCCUCCCUCUAUUGAACUUCUAUGUAAUCUGGAGGAAUUAUAUUUGUCCCACAACAAGCUUGAAGCCCUACCUGUUUCUCUUUUUUCUCUGGUUAAACUUAAGCAAUUUGACAUAAGCUACAAUUCUAUUCGAAGUAUCCCUACAGAAAUUGGUCACUUGACUCGUUUAGAACAUAUAGCACUUACUGGAAACCAGAUAACUUCUUUGCCAAGGGAAAUGUUCAGAUGCACCAGACUAAAAUCUCUUCAUGCUGCCAAUAACAAGAUUUCUAGACUUCCUCAUGAGAUUGGACAGUUGACUCAUUUGUCUAGCUUGGAGCUUACAGACAAUAAACUAACAUUCUUGCCAGAGGAGAUUGUAUCCUGUAUUUUACUAAGGAAAGGAGGAUUGGAUGCUGAAAAAGAGCUUAUUAAUUCCUUGCCCUCUGAUAUAAAAAGCAAAUUUUCAUGAUGUUCAAGUGACAAGCCAGUAAUUUUGUCUUAGUUUCAUCUAAAAGAGAUUGUCUUUACAUGUAUUUUGUAAACCAAAUAUUUUUAUGCUUUCGGAGGAAUGUUACUGUGCUCCAAUAAGGCAAAGGGAAAUCUAAUCUACUUAUCAGCCAGUAUGCUGAGUUGCUAAUAUUUUUAAAAUGUUUAUAUAGUUCUUUUUAAUAUAUCCCUUCCCUACAAAGACUGCCACCAAUGCUGCAUGAUGUUUUUUCUAUACGAUACAGAGCAGUAGAAGUCCACUCAACCAUUUUAACUUAGAAAAAUCUAAAUAUGGCUCCCCUGUCUACUUUAUAAAAUUCCUUUGUUCAUCUGUCCUGUGGCUUAAAGGGAUAUGAAACUCAAACAUUUUCUUUUGUGAUUCAGACAGAGCAUACAAUUUUAAAAAAUGUUCCCAAUUUAAUUCUGUUAUCAAAUUUGCUUUGUUCCCAUGGUAUUCUUUGUUGAAGAGAUACCUUGGUAGGUGUCUGGAGCACUACAUGAAAUAGUGCUGACAUCUAGUGAUAUUUUUAAUGUAUAACAUUCUUGCAGGUGCUCCAGACAUGUGCACGCUCCUGAGAUUACAUCCCUGCUUUUCAAAAAAAGAGAACAAAGAACAUUUGAUAGUAGAGGUAAAUUACAAGGUUGUUUAAAAUUGCAUGUAAAUGUUCCGUCCACCAUUCCUUUCCAUUGUUUUGCUUUCUCUGAGCUUCAUUUUGCAGUCAGUGUACUUACAGUGUACUCUUAUUUCCCAUUAUUAUAGUACGUUUGAUAUCCUUUGGAUCUAGGGUUCCCAAGAAGCCCCAUGGUCUCCUAGGGACACAAAUGUAUCCUGCAGAAAGACACAAUUAAAGGAGCAAGUGGGAAAUUAAAUUUAAAGCAAAUUAUACUGGAGCUCUUAAAAGUGUUUUGUUACAAUGCAUUUUGUCAGCUGUUAUACUCUUAGUACAGCUACUGGUGAAAGGGAUCCCCAUUUUGUUAAUUAAAUGGGUAAGGCUUUAACUGCUGUGCCUUUUCCACAUCUGUGCUGAGCUGUUUUGGAGUUUUUAGAUGCUGCUCACAUUUAAGCUCCACUGUGAGAAACCUAGACAAUAUUUUUAUUGUAUUAUUCAGCACACCCAACAGAUUUAAACUGUAUCAUGAUUGUAUUAUAUAUCAUGACACAUGUGAACUCUACAAUAAAAUGUGUUAAAAAAAUAUUUUUAUUAAAAUGUUAAUAAACAA